AUGAGAUCAGUGAACAAGUCCAACAUCCUGGUGGUUGGAUUUGGGGGAAUCGGCACCAUCACAGCAUACAAUUUGGAGAUAGGGGGUCUCGCAGCAGUGACAGGAGUGCUAAGGUCAAAUUAUGACUUGGUCAGCGAACAAGGCUUCAAGAUAUGGUCAUGCGACCAUGGAGAAAUCUCCAAUUGGAGGCCAACAUCCAUCUCCAAAAGCGUGCUAAAUGUACAGGAUGGCUCAGUUACUCCAUUUGACUUUGUCGUUGUCUGUACGAAGAAUAUUCCCGACAUUCCUCCAACGGUGGCUGAAAUCAUAGCGCCUGCAAUCACCGCCGGCCACACGAAUAUCGUCCUGGUUCAGAAUGGUAUCAAUAUUGAGAAGCCUAUCAUCGCCCGUUUCCCUUCCAAUGUGGUUAUAUCGGGUAUCUCGCGCAUGAACUCGUCCGAGCUUAAGCCCGGCGAAAUCUUCCACCAGGACCAUGAUACCUUGAUUAUUGGCGCAUUCAGAAACCCAAAUGUACAGCGCGAUUGCGAGCUCGCGGCUGCGAAAGAGUUUGCCAAUCUCUAUAGCGCGAGCGGGAAGGCAACGGCACAAUAUACCGAGGAAGUAGAAUUCAUGAGAUGGCGCAAAUUGGUUUACAACGCAUCGUACAAUUCUCUUUGCGCCAUUACUGGAAUGGAUACUUCCAAAAUCCGCUUCUCCGGUUCCGCUAUAUCGGAGCUUCUGCUCCCCAUCAUGCUUGAAGUCAAAAGCGUUGCUCGGUCUGCGGGUCAUAAACUGUCUCCGAGUCAGGAAGAUGACUCGUUGAACGGCGAUGCGCUCGAUGCGUAUUUCAGACCAAAAAUGGAAGUCAUUGUUGGGGAGGUUGUUAGGGAAGCACAGGCUCUAGGCGUGCCUGUACCGACGCUGGCGUAUACUUACUCACUGUUGAAAGUAUUGCAGUUCAAAAUCAAGGCUCAACGAAACCUGGUGACCCUGCCCCCAAUGAAAGAUUACGGAAAUGAAUCGACGAAGUGA